GUACUCAGAAGUACUUCUGAAUCUGCGUUCAAUCUACCAUCGUCUCACUGAGUAAUCGAUUGGCUGCUGGAUUACAGUGACAUCGAUCACUACCGCGCCAUCUGUUACAGUGGUUGUCCACUCGAGACAAGAUGGUAGAUUGUGAACGCUGUGAACGCGGUUUCCCGCAUCAGUCGGCGUACUUGCAGCAUAUCCGCGACUCCCGCUCGCACAACAUCUGCGAGGAUUGUGAUAAAGAUUAUUUGCACGAGAGCGACCUCAUCCAACAUUACAAAGGCAGCUCUUGCCAUCAUUACUGCGCCGAUUGUGAUACCCACUUUGACGAUGAAGAUGAACUCAUCCAUCAUUAUCGCACGGCAAACGGUCAUGCCUAUUGCGGCUGGUGCGACAAGGUACUGAAGGGCCAACGUGGACUCGAUGAUCAUAACAAAAGUUGCCACUACUGCUGCAAGAAAUGUGGGCGCCAUUUUCAAACCGAGAACGACCUUAGAAAUCACUUGAGGUCCAAAGCCCACCGAGAAGCGGACACCCGUUAUCGCUGCAACCGUCCUCCCCUUGUAACGGAAAGCCCCGAUUACGAAGACGGAAUUUAUCGAUGCCCCGAUCGUUCUUGUACAAAGCAAUUUGGCACGUUUGGGGCUCUAUUCCAGCACAUCGAAAGCGAAUCGUGCAAUGCCAGGGAGGAUCGGGCUUUAAAACUGCUGGUUGGAGUCGGCAGAGGGAUCUACGGCGCGUAGACCUCUUGAGUGGUCCCUUUAUUGCUUUCCUCCAUUUCUCCAAUGCUUCGUGGAUGGUGGCAGCGGAAACUAUACCUGCCCACAAACUUGUAUGUGUGUACAUUAGGUGCCUGAACAACAUGGAUGCAAUGCCCCCACA